ACGGUAGCUCAUGAGGUCAAUGUCUCACUUCGCUCCCAGGCGGAUGGUGAUCGGGGACUCAAGCAAUUGUCACUAUUGCCUCUUGUCUCCAGUUUGUCACUCGCUGUCACCUGCCAAAUACCUCAUUCUAUUGUGAGAGACGCAUCCUUCACCACUUUAUGCAACACCGUCGCCAAUUCGGUGGAGCGUACCUGGCCCAGACGCCAGGGGCGCUCCUUGACAAUGUAUAUCAAUUCCGACCACUGCCUGCUGGGCUUCUUCAAGGUCGCGCACGAAUUCACAACUCGCCUCCCUCUGUGCAAUAUCCCUACGACGACUCAAGACCUUUAUGACUCUAGAUGGGUCAAAGUAGGUCUGGUGAACGUCCGGAAUGAAUUCGAGACUUGCUGCAUGCCCUACCUCCCUACGUGGUAUGAAGGACAAUUCGGGCCCCAUCUCUUUGGAGAUAUGUAUGUCGAUCCGAAAGUUGGAGUGGAGCCGCAUAUUUGUAUGAGCCUACAAGACACACACGACCCGCACAGUCGAAUGUUCCCAGUGAACGUCAUGCUCGACUUCCUAGGCUUCUUCCGUCACUACUUGUCCAAACACGCUUGUCUAACAGACCGGGAAGUCAGAGGCCCGCCCCUCGUGCUCAUUUACAAGGUCAGCCCUCGGAUACACGAUGGUGCAGGUAGUUACGUCCUCGUCCAAUACGUUGAGGCUAAGUUUCGGCCGCAAGCACCCGGCUUUAUCGCAUCUGCAACCAAGCUCCUUACCGACUACCUGUUCAACGCGCCGGAAGACACAAAGAUGCUAUCAAUAGGCGACUUGCCGGUACGCGAUGAUGCCGUCGAGUACCUCCUAGACUUCAUGUUAGGCCAGCAGCCUGGUGCUUGCGUCGCUGUGGCAUCGUCGGAACAAUUCUACGGGUUAUUUGAUCCGGAUCACGACGAGGUGCCUCCUUGCGAGGCCGGCGAGGUCCUGAGCGCCCUAGAGAGACUUCAACGUGAAGGUAAAAUCAAUGUCACAACGCAAGACAUCGAGAUAGACGGACAACGGAUGCAAGGUCUGCGCUGCGACACCUCCUCGCCGUCGAAAGACCUUGGCUGA